AUGCCUUUGAUUUUCCAAAUGAUUCUCAACGGGACAGAUUCCGUCAAGAAGGCUGUUGUGUACGUUGUGGAUCUCAUGGUCAUUGAGCUGAAAACCGUCUAUUCCGUCCACAUUCUCCUAAGCCCUAUCACUGUCAAACUGCCAGACGAAUCUGAUGUUAGUGAGAUAUGGAAGGAAACCUAUAAGGAUCUGGUGAAUGAUGGUCAAGGCGGUUAG